AUCGCCCCUCUCAUUUAUCGCGCGCGUGCCUCAUCAUUGGUACGACUGCGCUCGAUCGUCGGUGUUUAGUUUAAAUUUCAAAACUCAACGUAACGGCUCUCUGCAUACAUUCCUCAGUGACGGGCGUGCUGCGUUCGUUCGUUCGUUUAUUCGUUGGUUCAUGUUGAUUUUGACACGAUUCUUUACUGCCUUCUCGACGAGAGUGAUUUGUCCCUGACUGAGCGAGUCUUCCGCGCACGUCAAGCAACGGUUCCAGGACAGAGACGACGGCACGCCAGAGAAGACUUUCGAGAGAGCGGCGACGGCGAUGCGAUCACGAUGUGAAAACAACAACGUAAGCGAUGACUCCUUUGCUCGCUGAAAUCUCGUGCUGGUAGAGCUACGGUACUGAGACUCACAGAUUAGUCAGAUUCGUAGCUCACGUAUGAUGGUUUUCAAUAAGAAGGAUGUAAUGGCGAAGGCGUUCUCGCCGAGCAAAGGCAGGAAACCGGGGUUCAAGAGACGGCUCUCGGCUGGCGGCGGUUCGGUAGCCAAGCCUGGCACGAGCGGUACAAGUGCGACGAUGAAAGGCGAGGACACCACCUCGGAGAUAUCGAUCAAGGUGAUCGUGAGGGUCCGUCCGCCGAAUGAGCGCGAGCUGCAGGAUAACAGCCGAACGGUCAUCGAGGUCGUCGACGAUAAGAUGCUCAUCUUCGAUCCGAAGGAGCAGGCGACGCCGUUCUUCUUUCACAACGUCGCGCAGAAGGGCCGGGAUAUGCUGAAGAAGCAGAAUAAGCAACUGCAGUUCAUUUUCGACCGGGUCUUCGACUUGACGUCCACCAAUACUAACGUGUUCGAGGGUAGCACUAAGAGCUUGAUCAACAGCCUCCUGGACGGCUACAACUGCUCGGUAUUUGCAUACGGUGCCACCGGGGCCGGUAAGACUCACACUAUGCUGGGUAAUCGGGAAGACCCUGGUAUUACGUACCGCACCAUGGCAGAGCUCUUCUCCGAGAUCGAGAAUCAGAGCAAGCAUCGCGAGUUCAACCUGGGCGUGUCUUACCUUGAGAUAUACAACGAGAACGUGCAGGACCUGUUGCACAAGUCCGGUCAGUUACAUCUGAGAGAGGAUGGUAGGUGCGGGGUCGUGGUCGCUGGACUGGAACCAAUCGCCAUCCAGAACGCUGAAGAACUGUUGUCGCUACUGGCGGAGGGCAACAAGAAUCGCACGCAGCACCCGACGGACGCGAACAAGGAGAGCAGCAGGAGUCACGCGGUUUUCCAAGUCUAUAUCAAGAUAGUUAACAAGCUGGACAAUCAGGUGCAGCGAGUCAAGCUGUCCAUGAUCGACCUGGCGGGAUCCGAGAGAGCCUCUGCCACUGGGUGCAAAGGUGUGAGGUUCAAGGAAGGAGCCAACAUUAACAAAUCCCUACUGGCCCUUGGGAAUUGCAUUAACAAUUUGGCGGAUGGUAUAAAGCACAUUCCAUACAGAGACUCCAAACUCACAAGGCUAUUGAAAGAUUCGCUCGGUGGUAACUGCCAUACAGUUAUGAUAGCUAAUGUCGCACCUUGUAGUGUCACUUACGAAGAUACUUAUAACACUCUAAGAUACGCGAAUAGAGCGAAGAAGAUCAAGUCGUAUGCCAAGAAGAACGUGUCCUGUGAGACGCACGUCGCUGGCUACAUCAAGAUUGUGGAGGAGCAAAAGAAGGAGAUAGAUAUUUUGAAAGCGAAAUUGGCGACCUACGAGAACGGUACGCUGCAGCCGGUCGAGAGCAAGCCGAGCGUUGCCAUGCUGGAGACGUACAACAGGCUGAUAAAGCUGCACGAGAGGAAGAAGGAUCUGAUUGAGAGGAUGCUGACUUUGGAGAGCUCCGACAAGAUCUUAGCAUGUAGAAUACUCUACAAGAAAGACGCGGACGAGAGGCUGCACAAUCUAACGGCAGCCAGCGACGCUCUGUCACAGGAGGAGCAGAACGCUAGCGGUAAGUCGCGUAUCAACAAGUCCGUGCAUUACUUCCAGCGGCAGAGGGAAUCCCUCAGGGCACAAAUGCAGGAGACUUGGGAGGAACUGUGUUCGGUCGAGACCGAGGUACAGGAGACGAGGGCUAAACAAUCUCUAGACGAGAAUCUGCAUAGUAAACUGUCCCUGGAAAUCUCCAAGAUCGAGAGAUGCUGGAUUCCAAGUGUACAACAGCACAUGAGGAAACUUAGCAGCCUCCUGCAGUGCGAGAGGCAGUCGAUCAACACCAUAAUGAAAAAUAUGAGCAACACGUUGCAGAACUACUACAACAUGCUGAAAGGCUACGGUACAAUGACAGAGAAGAUGCAGCUGGAAUUCAAGGAGCUGAUAAAGUUGCUCGAAGGUUUUCGAAACAUCAAGUGGUCGGAUUCGGACGAGACGAACAAGAUGGACGAUUUUAGUAUGUUUACUUGUCUGAGUACGGUGGCAAUGGACCCGUUGAAUAAUUCAAUGCCGACGAUACCGGAGACAGAGGAUGACGAGGAAUCCAACGUCGGCAGUACGAAUAUUUUGAACUCUACCUUCAAUGCUACUUCGGGUGAAAAUUAUAUCGACAGCAAUAUUUCCAACUUGGAUGACGAGAGUAACAAUCAGGAAAAUAAAUUCAUGUUGAAAGACGAAUCGACGCAAGGAACUCCACGGGAGGCAAAAAUCGCUGCGAAAAACGUAAUCAGGAAACGCGUAUUGUCGGACAAAAACAGCGAAACUAGCAGUACACCUUCUAAACAGACGAAAAAACUAGCAACAAAUAACAAAACCAACGUACAGAGUACUGGUCGAAUGCUGGAUAAGGAGAACAAGCACAGACCUAUACAAAUGAGUGCGAAGAGUAUUGCCAUUCUAAAUAAAUUAAAGAGCGAUACAGCGAAUUUGUCAUCUCUUUCCCGGCACAACAAUUCCGAGGAAAAGACGGACGUGACGCUCAAGGCGAUACGUAAUAAAGAAAGGCGCGGCCUUAUGACGACCCAUCCGUAUCAAAAGCUGGCCAUUGGGAAAAAACCUACUCCAGCUCCACCGUCUACUAGAGUUCCAUGGUAAUAUUAGACAAAAAUUUUGGUACCUGGAUGCAAGAUCGAAGAGAGACGGUGGUCGUACAAACGUUGCGUUAAAUAGUAAGACUUGUAACAAGAUUUUUUUUAAUAGAUGCGAGAUUUUAAAUAUAAUAAAAUAUUAUUGACUAUAUGUGCUUAAAGAGUAAAGUCAAGCAUUCUAAUAAAGUGACUUCGUUUAAUGUUACCUUUAUGUACGGAUUUUAGCUUAAUGCAAGAAAAAUAUAUCUACAUGUAAUUGUGCAAGCAAUAUCUCUCUCUAUCUUUCUUUCUUUUUCUUUUUUUGUAUACGUUUAAAAAGUUAAAAUGACAAAUUCGUAAUUGUCAGUUAUAUUGUGUAUUUCUGUGUGAUGUAAUAUCUCUUUAAAGUAUUUAUUCAAGAUUGACGAAACGAUACAGAGAUAAAGCGGGAUACACUCAAUUGUGUGCAAUCUUUAUUUCAUUAUUGUUUGCAGAAAUUUCAUUAUAUAAUUUUGUGCAAAAUUAAUGUAAAUUAUCUAUCACCAAAGAAAUAAAAAGAAAGAGAGGGAGUGCAUUUUUAUUAUUAAAAUGUACCAAACUUAUGUUUAAAGAUUUGCAUCACAUAAGUAAAAAUUGAUACAAAAAUUAAAUUAGAAUUUUUAUGUAUUGACAAUAAGUAUCUGCUAUGUGGAGAAUGUCGAUUAACUGUAUGUAUUAAGGAAAGAAUAAAUUAUUUACGGCAA